AUGACAAACACAGACACGGGCACCAGCACAACUUCCCCCUUCCGCCCCCCGCCACCGCCUCCACCGCCUCCACCUCCACCUCCACCUCCACCACCACCACCACCGCCACCCCCCGCCUCGGCCACAGUCACGGACACAGUCACGCCCUCACCCCCGCCGCCCCCGCGCCCCGCAUACCUCGACGCCUUCCACCACUCCCUCUGGGACGUGGCCGACUACCUCGACUACACCCUCGCCGACGCCCACAUCUCCGACGCCGUCUUCGACCGCGCCACAGACUCGUACACCAAGAACCUCGAGGCCGUCUCCACCACAACCGACCCCGACAGGUGGCGCAGAGCACAGGAGCUGCUCAAGAGCUACAGACAGGACGACGGACCUUCUCAGUCGGUCGGUCGUGUGUGUGCCUGGCGGGGUCGGCUAGAUAACCCGCCUGUCCACGGUCGGUCGGGCAGGGAUGUGGGGGCGCUGGGGUAUGCGGUGACCUGCUUGGGCGAUGACCGACAGAGGGCGAGGGAGUGGCGGGAGAGGAAUAGGGGCGGGGUGCCGAGGGAGAGGAGGGCGGAGGCGGGGGCGCCGGGGAUGGUGAUUAGUAAUUCGCAGGUGGCGAUCGGGGAGGGGGCGGUGGUUAGUAUUGGGGGGGAACCGCGGGCGCGGAGGGGGAAGGGGGGGAGGGCGGGGGCGAAGACGAAGGUGAAGGGCAAGGUGAAGGGCAAGGGAAAGAGGACGCGGGGUGAUGUGAGUGACUCUGACGCCGGCGAAUCCCAGCCAGGCUCGUGGAGUCCGUCCUCGUUCGUGCAGAUGUACAACAAGAUGGAGGAACAGUACAUGUGGCAGCUCCCCAGCGGGUCGUUCGUCGAGACGAUCCUCUACGGGAAGCUGAAGACCGCGGACCGCGAGUGUCUGGCGCACUCGUUCGUGCUCGACGUCAAGAAUCAAAAAGUGGAGGCGCUGUUUGAGCCGUCGGACUGGAGGGCGAUCCUGGAGAGGGUGCCGGAGUGGCCGGUGGUGGGGGGAGAGGCGGUGGAGUUUAUGAAGGGGUUUAUGAAUGUGCGGACGGCGGCGGGGCUGCGCGAGAGGCUGGCGGAGGCGAAGUAUUUGCCUGAGGGUGAGAAGUAUGAUCGGGAAAAGCACUAUGACCGCUACUGGAUCCACAUGGUCAUCACCAUGCUACUCCCGCUGUUUGAGAACCCGGACCAGCCCCUGCUCGGCAGGAACGACGAGUGCUGGUACGACAUCCGCCUCUGGGGCAUCAUCAUCGACACGCUCCUCGACGAGAUCCGCGGGCUCAACACGCGGCGGCGGGAGCUUCCCAUCCUCGCGGGGGCGCGCCGCAAGAACCGGCACCGCGACGACACGGCGAAGCGGCAGAAGAUUGGCGCGCGGUUCGACGGGCUGGUGCAGGACGGCGGCGGGAGGUACGAGUAUGCGGCCAUGGAGGGGUCGAGGGCGUUUGUGAGCGAGAGGAACACAAAGUGGCUGAAUGACUAUGCGAAGGUGGCGAAGGCGCUGCAUGAUAUGAUGUAUAGUCUGCAGGCAGAGGUGGGCGGGGAUGUGGAGGCGUUGGGGAGGUUGAGGUUGGCGGGGGUGGUGAGUGCGGGGCUGCACUGCCAGGUGCUGAGGAUGAGCUAUGCGCAGGGCUAUGUCUGCCUGCUCAGCUGUGACACGCUGUGCCAGGUGCCCCAGACGGCGAGUGAAUUGCCACUGCUGUUCCAGCUCCUGAGCAGCGUUUUGAGGAUGAAGACAAUGUUGACAGAGUCGAAAGAACUGAUCGAUAACUACCCAAGCACACGCACGUUCGAGCAGCUGCUGGAGCCCGCGAAACUGACGGCGGCGGCGCGGAUGGUGAUUCCUAUGUCGUGUGAUACGGAGGGGGAGGCGGAGGGGCGUGAUGUGUGCAAUUCAUUAAUUGGAGGUAGCCAGGUCCUCCUCCCCUGGUGCAUCAGUGUGGUGGCUAUUCGUGACCGUUUUAUUUCUUUGACCACCGUGCUGGAGUCUUGUCUGAGUUUACGAGCUAGAAGCUCCCCCGAUAUGUGGGUGACUAGCUAG